AUGCCCCUUUUUAAGGACUUUCGUCGCCGGUCGAGGGCAAGCUUUACGCUGUCUCCAUCUUCUUCCUCCCUGGCCAAUGGCCAUGUAAACCCUGAUGCGUCUUCCUCCACUCUCGAUUCCCCGGCUCACAGCAUCCAAAGUUCCACUAUAUCGUUUCUCAAUGGAAACAGCAAGAGCAAUAGCAACACGAGCAAUAACAGUAGCAACGGCAGCAAUGCCAACAACCAAUCUGUCUCACAUUUACCUGCCCUGCCCCGAUUGAACGCAAAUGAUGGCUCACGCCCGGGGACAGUACCCCAGAGACCUGUUCCUAUCGGUUCACAGUCGAAGCGAAAUAGUGUCACGAAUGGCAAUCUCACAUCCACAACCAAUUCUGCAAGAACAGGUGUACCUAUAUCUCCAUAUGCACCAAGAGUUUUUUCGGUUUCUGAUAACUCAUGGGUUCAUCAAAAGAUUCUUUUGAUUUAUGGGGAAACUGGAGAUGCACAGCAGCACUCCAUUGAUGGAAAUAUAAUAAUUUCCAAUCCUCAAGAUUCAUUUCCUACCAUUACCUGGCCAGUCUCUGAAUCCCAUUUCAAGGCUCUGAUCCACCUUGUUCCAGGCCCCAACAAACUACGGCUCGACUUCACAUCCUCGAAACUUCAGAAGCAAACUGUCCACUCGUCGUGGAUAAGCAUAAACUAUUUACCGUUGGCAAAUUGCCCUCCACUCCAGCUCGCAGUCGUGCUUGGGAGUGAUUCAUAUGGCCACUUUGAUGCUGUUCCGGAGAGGAUAGCUCGGGAAGGAAACGACUUGGAAACUGCUAUACGGAAAUUUCGAAUGGCUGCAUAUCUAUGGCAGUCUUUUACUGCUGAACAGAUGUAUCGAAACAAAUUCGGGAGGCGCUGUUUCCGGUUCGAAGAGGAGUGGCAGGUUGGAACUCUAAGUUCUCAGGAUACAACAUCAGACCAAAUGAGAAAUGAGGCCAGAAUACAUAUUAUCCGGUGCAACAGAACAGUUGACGAACUUAGAGGUCUCAGCGUCGUACAGCAGGAUGGCACAAGAUCGGAUAGUAACGAACUCUUCAACGUUGUACUCGAGGCAGUCGAACGCUACUUUGGCUCCCGGGGAGGUAAACGACAUUACGUUUCUGCCCUGCUACUUGAUAGCCAUUGGGAUAAAAUGACCCAAACUAUCACAGGCCAUACGGCCGCCAGCUCCAGUGGUCAUGAUAUCAAGCUAGCCCUUUUUGGGUCGUAUGCGUUACAAAACUAUCCAGCCUCCAUGGAAGAUAUAGUUGCAGCUUUUACGGAUUGCACUCGAACUGAUUUUAACUUCGUUGCCAAUUAUAAAAAUGAAUGUGGGAGUAGCUGGGAGGCUGCCAACUCUGGAAUUGGAGGCCAUCUCCAUGAAAUUGGCCGUUUGUUUGGCUGUCGCAAUCAGGAGACCGGUAUCAUGAGUCGCGAAUACGUUCCGUUGAAUCGAAGUUUCACUACUCGAGAGCCCUAUUCGACACGCACGAAGUCACAGGGGCUUCGACUCUGCCUAUGUCAGGACGAACCUACUUGGCAUAGACUCGACACCCUUCGUUUCAGAUUUCACCCGUGCUUCCGGCUGCCUCGCGAUUCACCUCCUAUAUCUGACGACUCUAUUCAAGUGUGGCCGGUCGACAAUGGCAAGACAUUAAUUGCCUCCCCUUCUGGCAUCGCGUUCAUCGAAAUCUUCGUGGACGAUGCUGAGAUCUGCAAAUCAUUCCUCGAAUAUGUGGAUGGUGAUUUCGGCAAUAAUGCUGUGCCCAAGCAGAUUACUCUCACAGAAACCGAGAUACGUCAACAUGCCCCUGAAAGCGCCAAGAAGAACAGAAAGGUCAAGUUGCUGAUAUACUCUGGCGGUCUUAACACGCAUACGGUUGACGACGCGAAUCAGUUGAAAACUAAAUAUUCGAUUGCUAAGUUGCCCAACGGACAAGUUGGAUACAAGGGGAGCAAAUUAGGACAAUCUUGGUCGGCGGAUAGCGUCGCUGAGCAGUUGUUCUUGGAGUGCGCGUUUAUCCAGACGAAGCUUCUUGUUUCCGUGAAAGUGUAUCAUGAACAUUUCAUAUACGGGUUGCAGUUUUGUUAUGAGGAUUCCACGAGUCAGAUGUUUGGAAAUAAGAAUUCUAGUGCUAAGUAUGGUGAAUUUGUAUUUGACACGCGUCGUGGUGAGAUUCUGAUGGGCUUCUACGUGAAGGCUGCUCUGGAAAUCGAUGGAAUUGGAAUUAUCACGAAUCUCAGCCGGAAAUCUGAGCUAUUUGGGAACGGGAGUGGUAAAAAUAGCCACACAUUGAUACCACCAAGGGGCUACAGUAUUGCGGGCAUUUCCGGCUCCGUCGCGUCCUGUAUCGAGGAAUUCUCUCUGAUUAUCACUCGAUGA